UCUAUGAGUAGUCGGCGCCAAUUCUCAAGGUAGAUGUUUGAAGCCAACCAGGGAAUGCUGACCAAACAUUCUUUAACUCACGACCAAUUCUGCACCCUAACGAAUUAUCACCAUGCUGUCCAAGUUUCAAAGCAAGCUCCCGGCUUCACACCAGCCGUCGGCAUUGCUUGAACCACAAAUGCCUCAGCCAGAGAAUCCACAGCUACCAACCUUAACAUGCUUAGGUAACGAGGUCAUUGCAAUGAUUGCUGAUUUAUUACACGACACAAGUCCGCAUACAAUCUCGUCUCUCGCUCUUGUUUGUUCCAACUACUAUAGUAUCGCGAGGUAUACCCAAAACCGAGAGCUUUUACUUGAGAACGUGAAAGGCAAUCCCCACCCUAGUUCAACCACGCGGCUGGCAUAUAUAGAGAAAACCGCGACCUUUGGAGCUGUCCGCCGAUUAGAAGUCCGCAACGACAAGGAUGAGAUUUUUCUCCCCCGAUUGUGCAGAUUGAUCCCCAAGAUGACUGGCCUUACCGACGUGGUGUGGUCGAAAACCGAGGUACCCGAGCGAAUAGUCGAGCUUCUUCGAGAAAGACCUUCGAUUCAUUUACAUGCUGAGGUAAUUAAUCAUUCCCCUGCAAGGGAUCCCGAGAUCAUUGAUCGACUUCAAGCAAAUGAAAAUCUGGUUUCCCUAAACUUGGAGAUAAUCUAUCGUGUUUCGAAGGAAGGGUUGCGCUGGUCUAGGCCGUUCAAACACGUUGUAUUAUCAUGCCCAAAUCUCCGCAAACUCAGACUUGAUAUCUGCCGACCGCAGCCCCAUUAUGGAUUAAUCUGUAGUACAUCCUCCAACGAGGACAGAGCGGGAGGUUUCGGGUUCGUUAAUGGGGAGCGUCUACCUGCUCUAGAAGAGUUAGAUAUAAUCAAUUACCCCUUCGGCAUCUACGAGGACUACACUUACGAAACGAGCUACUGGGCGGAUAACUUCGACUGGUCUCGACUUCUACAUCUCGCAACGAAUAACACAGAACUUAUACUUAAAGUCGCGCCGCAUCUUACGUCUCUGAAAGAAUUCCACAGCUCUUAUGCAUCUGGGCUUACCAUGAUCUUUCUGAAUCAAGUCCCAAGUGCUCUUGAGAGCAUUGCUAUCUCGAGACCCGAAGGUGUCAAUGGGUCGAAGUCCUUAUUGGAGGCUGUGCUAGUACAUAGGCAAAGCUUGAAAAGGCUGACUAUCCACCAGAAGGAGGAUUAUUAUGGAAGGUGGGAAAAGUUGGCCAUUGAUAUCGAGACGUUAACCAAGAUUCGCGACGGAUGUCCACACAUCGAGGAACUGGGCCUCGACCUCUAUCGCGACGAUGGAUGGCCAUAUAAAGCACUCAGGAUACUUGCAUCAUUUCCCCGACUAUGCCAUCUCAAAUUAUAUUUUCAACUUGGAAUAGCGGAUGAGGACAACCCCACCGAGCCCUAUGUGACCUUCUCAGCCGCCGGGAAACUGUUUCGGUAUUUACAACAACAGAGUAUCGACAAAUUAAUUAAGAUACAAACAUUGGAGAUCAAGUCUGGCUUCCCUCCCUCUCCUUUCUAUAACGACAAGCGCAUCAAUCCCUUAUGGCAUAAUGACAACUCGUCUAAUUUCAUCUGUACCCUUUCAGAUCGACAUGAUGCGGUUGGAAAGGAGAUUUUCAGCGUUCGCUGUACGAAUUUAAACCGAGAACAAAACGAAUAUCUCCGAAAAGUUGAGCGUGGUGAAGAAGAUUCGGAUUGUCCAUACUCCAAUGUCGAGGCUUUCAGAGUUGCGCGCGAUGGCCCUACCCCCUAUUGGCAGUCAGGACGCACUCGCAAUUGGAGGGCAAGUCCUGGCUAUAUUAAGCCCUGGAUGAGAGGAUGUUUCUGGGACUAAGGCUAACUCAGGAGCGAACAGGCUAUUGCGAAACUUGAUCUAUAUGGGGAGGUUUGAUCGCAUUAGGGGUAUAAUAAAGAGAAAUCGUUCCAGACGAUAGACUAAG